AUGCCAACCCACCUCAUCGAAAUAAAUCUCAGCGGCGAUAAAACUCUCUCGGAGAAAUUCUAUAAACUCGUAGAGAGUUUUUCAAAUGCAUCUCCUGAUUCUGAGUCUGUAUCUGGAGAAACUGAUUCUGUGGGUAUUACUGUUGAUGUUACGGGUGAGGAGUUGCGGGGGAUUAUUGUUGUUCGCACACACCCUCUCCCCCUCAUCCUCCAAAUCCUCUCACCACACCUCCCUCAUUUCCACCGUAAUCCGCCAAAAAUAUCCCAGACAACUGAACGGGGAAUUUAUGAUGCGUGUCGAUAUUCUGUGCAGCAGCUUUUGAUUUAUAUUUCUUUGCAUUCUUCGGAUCAAUCAAAUCAAUCGAAUAAAUCGAAUCAUCUAAAGGAAAUAGACGAGGAUAGAGAUGAAGGCAAGGAUGAAGAUGAAGAUAAAAUCCAGAAAUUGCAAACACUAUUCAAUGUAAUAUCUAUGCAGCUCUCGCACGAGGGAAAGAUAAGUGGAAUGAGACAGGGUGAGAUUGAGGGGAUUUCCGGUUCUUCUAUUUCUACUUCUUCUGAACCUUCCUCUAUAGAGACAGGGAUUCCGUCACCGGAAAAGGAGAUGAAAAUGGGAAUGGAAAUGGGAACAGUAAUGCGAUUUAAGGGCCAAGAAUGUAGAGUCUGGAGUGUAUGGACUGCGUGGACAGCGGCGAGGGAAAGGUAUGAUGGGUGUGGGAAGGAUGGGGAGAGAGGAGUAGGGGAUAAUGGGAAUGGAGAUGAAGAUGAAGGGGAAGGAGAGGAGGGAGAAAGUCUUGCGAAGAGGAUUGAUUGGGGGAAGAUGGGUGUGUUGGGGUGGGAAGAGAGGAAUUGGGUGUUUAUGAGUUUUGGGGAGUUUUUGGAGAGGGGUAAGGAGAAGGGGAGGUGUGUUGUUAUGUGA